AGCACAGAUUGAUUAACCGUCCAUUCUGCUAGGUGCUGCCUGGUUGUCUCUUUUCUUCCCUUGAUAUCCCGUGCAUACCCAUACUCUCCCGCUCAUCCCCCUCCCUCCUCCAAUAACCCUCCUAUCCAUUCAUUCCUCGGGUUGUACCGUUCUCGUCACUACGGUAUCGCCAUUCUCUUCAAUUCCUCUUGCGCAUUCUCGAGGACGGGUGUUUGUCCAUUGCAUUCCGUUACUUGUGAUUUGGUGUUGUAAGUUCGUGCAGUACAGUACAGUACACACACGUCUUGGGAUCUAUUGGUUGUGGUGCAGCCGCAUCAACGACGACUGUGUCUACGAACAGCGACAACGAUAUCUGCGAGCUCCCGGUUGUUUUUUUGGUCGUGAGCACUUUGGAGCCCACAAGUCAACCGAAUCCACCUUGCACCCCCCAACACAACCAACACAACCGCUUCAUCGAUUGCGAGGCGAAGGUGAUCUUUCUGCUACUUGGGUAGGUUUUCUCUUCCACUGCUCCCUAUUAUUGCUGCGGGGAAAGGGAAAAAAAAAAGAAAAGAAAAGAAGAGAGGAAGGGAGGGAGAGAGAAGGACCUUGUUAGUGAUGACCAAAGCGGCUUAUAAUUUGUUUUAAUAAAACUAGUUGGAUACGCUGCUUCUCGUGGUAUAGUUCGUUCGCCGCUUCAACUGCUCACCGGUCGGAUCUGUUGCGGGAUUGAAGCAUUUCUUUGGAUAUCUCGCUGGUGGAAUGACUGCAAUAUCCCGGAAAUGACGAUGGACGAAACUGACUCUUCCACUCAACGUUCGAGCAUCUACGUUGCGCCUUUGCGGAUAGAGAAGACACCCAAACCUAAGAGAUCCUCGAGCAGUGCAUCGAGAAGGUCUCGGCCAAAGAGCCAACCGCAUUCACGAAGUCAAUCCGUGGGCACACAUUCACACACUUCCUCUCACCAGCAAAUAACACCUCCCCCAACCCCUAAUACCUCUCAGGAUUCGCUAGCACAAAGCCCUAGGAAGGAGCUGGCAUCACCUUUUCAGCCGUUUCUAAGGGCUUUUUACGAAUUCCAUCCAAACUUCUCGGCGGAUUCAUCCACGGUGACGUUGCCGUUGAACCUGGGGGAUGUGAUCCUCGUGCAUUCGGUUCAUACCAACGGUUGGGCGGAUGGGACCAUGCUUAGCUCCGGGGCCCGGGGCUGGCUACCUACUAACUACUGCGAUGAAUUUGACCCUGAACAGAUUAGGCCCUUGUUGAAGGCUUGCACUGUGCUUUUCGACCAGUUCAGAGGUGGUUCCGCUGGGGGGUUGCGUGCUAGCCAGGUUGCUGUAACAAGUGUGGUUGCUGGCGUCCGGCAUCUUCUAGUGAGUUUGGGGAUUUUUCCGGUUAUAAACGGAUGAAUGGAUUGUCAUCUGGUUACCUACUGACCACUGUUUCAAGGAGACAACCGAAUGUUUGACCCGUGAAGCAUCCAAUGUCAAAUCCAACGAUGGUAUUCGGAGGACCCGGAAGGUCUUGUUGACCGAACUGUCUACUUUGGUCAAGACAGCCAAACGGCUUCCUGGGCAUUCGGAAUACAGUUCAGCCAAAACAGCGACCGAAGAUGUCACUGAUGAGAUGAUUUUAAGAUGUUUCAAGAUUGUGGUGCGGAGUGUGAGAUUUCUCGACAUCUGGAAUCAGCGCCAUGACCUACAGAAUAAUUUUGGUGUGGAGGAAGCCGGGGGUGCUCAAGGGGAGGAUGUAGAUGACCAUGUACCCCCUACACCCCCAGCUGACUCGACCACGCACAGUGUGGCUAGCUCGAGCUCUCUACGUGGAGAUCAGACGCCGGAGGGCAGUGUCGAAGGCCACGAUCAUAGAUCGCGUUCUUCAAGUGUAAGUCACUAUCGAGGUUCACAACUCGGUUCGCCUCCCCAACGACAAGACUCUCACCCAUUACCAUCGACUCCUUAUUCGCAGACACCUCGUGCAGGUAGCCCGUCAUCGCCUAACAAGGAGGGCUUUGGAGGUCAGUUGCAACCUGCGUAUGCGUUGGCUCGCCUCAAUGUUACGCACGAUGUGCUUUUGUCAUAUCUUGGGUCCUAUAUCGGUAGACUUUACCACGAGCCUCGAUUUACUCCACAGCUCCAAAUUACGCAGCAAGAGUCGGUUAAGGCGGCACGUGAGUUGUUAGCAAUUGUGGAGGCAGUGGAAGCAAGAGAUCCCAAAGCAGCGGCUUUAGUAUUCGCAAAAGAGGCCAUGUAUGCCAGAAUAUCGACGUUGAUCUCUGGCGCAAAAGAGGUUGUGUCCGGAUGCGGGAGGUUGGAGGAAGUGGAUGAAGAAGAGGGAAUUAUUAUACCUGACGGUGGGAAGAAAUUGGUUGACGCAGCAACGGGCUGUGUUAGGGGAGCUGGUGAAUGUGUCGCAAAGUCGAAAUUUGUUAUCGAGAAAAUAGGGGAUUUCGAGUUGCGAUUAGGGCCGUCCAAUAUAGGUCUUGGAAUCACGACUACGGAGGGAAAACUAAUUGACGACGCAAUUGGGCUAUCCGCGGCCGCAAAGGCAGAGCUAGAAAGGCAACUGAUGCCCCCUCCACCUACCCCGGAGAAAAUUCCGCCGAGACCUCCCCCAAAAGAAGAUCCACUUGACCAAAAACCACUUCCGACACUUCCUGUUUCGGAGCUUGAAGUUGAGCGUCUCACGGUGGAUACUACCAUGGCCCGAUCGAACAUCACUUUCUCUGCAACCCUUCCUGGCAGUCCGGGUGCAGCUUCACCACGAAGACUAUCUUCUGCAUCUGUCAUUGCUCCUCUUCCUCAACUUAUCCCAUUAUUAACGCAAGAUGAGAAUACCAGUGAAACCGCUCAGAAGCGCGAUAUGGAUUCAAAAACAUUGCUCCAAAAGAGCAUUAGGGCUGACAGCAUUGGGGCUGCCUCAAUAACUACUGCUGAUUAUACGAUUUCUAGCAGCGUACGCGGUUCCGAGAUAAGCAUGACCUCGACUAGGGCAACUACCCCGGAGCCCGCUUCCUCCACUAGUAUUUCUACCCCAUUACUCAAUCUCGAUCUUACUAUGAUGGGAAUCGAAGUCUCUCUUGAGAGUGGAUCAGGAAGUGAGGUUUUGGCGCCCGAGAAGCAGGUUCCUGAAGAUUUGACAUUCAACAAAGACGGUCAGAUUACGGGGGGAACUCUCCCGGCCCUUGUUGAACGACUUACGGUCCAUGAUUCGACCCCCGAUGCUGUUUUCGUCGCUACAUUCUACCUUACUUUCCGCCUUUUUACGACGCCGAAGGAGUUUGCGCAAUCUUUGGUUGACCGUUUCGAUUCCGUGGGAGAUGGUUCUACCGGGGCCGCACCCGUUCGCCUUCGUGUUUAUAACGUUUUCAAGGGUUGGCUUGAGUCGCAUUGGAGGAGGGUGGUUGAUGACGAAGCUUUGGAGAUUAUUGUUUCAUUCGCGGGAGGUAAAUUGAAGGCCAUCUUACCGACAGCGGGGAAACGCCUUGAGGAGCUGGCAGAGAAAGUAUCUUCAACCGAUGGUCCCCUCGUACCCCGCCUGGUUUCUGGUAUCGGGAAGGCUAGUACAGCUACUACCCAAUAUACCCUCCCGGAGACUCCUGUCCAAACCCCUGCUGUCACCAGGAACCAGCUCUCGCUUCUCCGGAGUGCCCUCACUGGCGGACCCAACCCAACCGUACUCGAUUUCGAUCCUUCGGAACUCGCAAGGCAGUUGACUCUGAAGGAAUCUAAGAUGUUUUGCUCUAUUCUUCCGGAAGAGCUUUUGGCUCAGGAGUGGACAAAGAAGAGGGGAUCAUUGGCUGCUAACGUUCUUGCUAUGUCUUCUUUAUCGACGGACCUCGCCAAUCUUGUCGCUGAGACUAUUCUGGAUGCCACUGAUCCCAAGCGCAGAGCCGUCCUCAUUAAGCAUUGGAUCAAGGUUGCCGAUCGUUGCUUGGAGUUGAACAACUAUGACUCCCUAAUGGCCAUCAUGUGCACCUUGAACACAUCGACUAUCGGGCGUCUUAAGAGAACAUGGGAACUGGUCUCGUACAAGACUAAAUUGGUUCUUGAUCACCUCCGGGCAGUCAUUGAUGUCUCAAAAAACCACGCUGUUCUCCGUGCAAGGCUACGCGGCCAUGUUCCGCCGUGUUUGCCUUUCCUGGGAACAUACUUGACCGAUGUAAGUUUGUCAAUCAAUCAUGCUCUGUCCUUACUAACACCUUUUCCCUUAGUUGACCUUCAUCGAUGUCGGGAAUCCGUCAAAGCGGCCUGUUUCUGAGGGCUCGACCAAACAACUCAUUAAUUUUGACAAGCACGUCAAAACUGCCCGUAUCAUCUCCGAGCUCCAGCGAUUCCAAAUUCCUUACAGGAUUGCCGAGGUGCCUGAGAUGCAAGAGUGGAUCGAUGCACAGAUCGACAGAGUGCAUAACUCAAAAACGGCAGACGUUCAACAUCUCUACCGCCGCUCCCUCCUCCUCGAACCCCGGGAGACUCAGCCAAGACCCGCGCCUGUUGAGCCUUCCACAUCCGCCGCUGUUGCACCGAAGGAAUCCCAGAAGAUCGAUUUGUUUAGUUGGGCACAUGCCUUCAAGGUACCUACAUCUACGACCUGAGGAAUAUUAUGUUUGUAAAGUUUCUCAUCUACGCCCACCGUUACUCGAUUGUUGGAGCUGGUGUUGGCCGGCCUUUUGAUUUUGGGCAGCUAGCUUGCUCUAGAUGCUUACUGAUGUCCGUGUUUUCUGUGCCGGGUUCGCGGCGUUUUACAUACUCUUGCUUUCGACAUGUUUAUAGGAUUCGAUUCGGGUUCAACUUUUCAGCUUCAUUUUCUGUUCUCUCUGUAUCAUCAUCCUUUGCUUGGUUGUCUGAUUUUUCUGUGCUUCAUGGCGUUUACGAGUUUCAUUUGGCAUUACAGUGUCUGGGGGUUCUUUUCUUUGGGCGGAAUGGAGCGACGCAUUGGGCUUUCUACUAUUCUACAUUUUUACUCACCGUUUUUCGAUUCCCCGAUAUGCUGCCGAAGUGGCUCCGUCCAACAGCGUGCGUAUCUGUUUCCUUCAGAGGCUUAUUUUUUCCAGCCUCGAGACCCCGAUUGUGAUACCGUUGCCUUCCUCUUCUUGCCCAAUCCGUUGCCCACCCACCUUGGUCUCCUUUCCCUGUAUGUAUACCUUGGUCCACAGUUCCUAGCCCGCCAGUUUCGCUCAUAUUCACUCGCUGAGUACGGACCUAGGGAAUUCGGUGUUUCCCUUUUCACCUUUUCAACACCCGGAUGAUUCUUCUAGUUUCUUGUACCCUUUGUUUUCGCUGUAUGAUUUUUCUUUUCUUUUUUUCCUCUGGAUGGUUGGAACUGGAUGGGAUUUCUCACAAAAAUAAAAACAUCGGAGAGGGAAAGAUUGGCUCUCGCCUACUUCUAAAGGAUGGGAAAAGGGAAGAAAACAAUGUAACCAUGUAUUUCGCUAUUUGCGCUUUCCUAUAUACUACUUCACUUUCUUGUCUCGUCUUGUGUGUAGCAAUAUUAGGGGUGUUUUUUCUUUCUUUCCUAUUCGAAUUUGCGAAGCGGAGUACCGCAUGCUGUGUUUUGUAUGGAAAAGGUUGCAUAAGAGAUAUGAUAGUGUAGUUUAGGGAGUCGAAAAUGGAUGGGAAUGAGAACAUGUUUUUUCUUCAGGGGUUUAUCAUAUGUCGGUUGAUCGAAAGUCAAGAUUUUCUUGGAUGCCCUGAUGUGGUUCUGCGAUGGUGACUGGUGAUGGCGGAAUCUGGCGUGGGUGGUCGACUGCUCCCGAGUUUUCUCGGGUAUGAGAGAGGUGGGAUGGCGUGUUGGCCGAACUAUGGCACAAAAGGAGGGCCUUUCAUCUGGCACCAACACUAAAUUUAGUGAAGACCGGUCGUUUUCAAAGUGACGGGCCCAAUACUGCGUUGCUGGGUGGCGAUUGGAAUUUUGGCGUGAGUCAGGAGUCACUUUUCGUUCAGCACUCUAAGAGCCUCAAUCAGCUCGUGUGAAGGUGGCUUAAAAUUCUGUACGGGGCACCGUAUCGGAGGGUAUGAUAAAUUUAGCAUACAAGGCAAAUACCUACCCCCACUUAGCCAACACUUUCUCCACUCCUUUACAAAUUUUCAAGAGUUCUGUAAUGUUUCUUUUACGCUGCCCACGGGCUUGAUUGUGCAUCGUGUGGUUUCCACAGAUCCUCAUGGGCAUUGGUGUUGCCACGGUCACCGAAACGCUGUAUCCGGUAGACUACUUUGUGAUAAUUCAAUUCACUGCACGACUUCUUCCCUGAGAUAGAAGGAAACCAGAUCCGUUUGAUGUGCUCGAGUAUUGUCGACUGCCACUCGAGCGACGCAUCAUAUCCCGCACAUGUGACGCACCCGAAACUGCAAAAUACAUUUCAGUAACCGGUUCCAUUGCUGGUAGUGAUCUGAAUCGUGAUCUUCAGGGCUUGGGUUCCUUGCAUUAUGUACGAUAGGCGGUAUCAUAUCCGAAAAUGAUUGGAAG